AUGUUCAAGAACGCGUUAAAGAACGCGUUCAAGAACGCGUUCAAGAACGCGUUCAAGAACGUGUUCAAGAACGUGUUCAAGAACGUGUUCAAGAACGUGUUCUUUAACGUGUUCUUUAACGUGUUCAAGAACGUGUUCAAGAACGUGUUCUUUAACGUGUUCUUUAACGUGUUCAAGAACGUGUUCAAGAACGUGUUCAAGAACGUGUUCAAGAACAACGCGUUAAAGAACGCGUUCAAGAACGCGUUCAAGAACGUGUUCAAGAACGCGUUCAAGAACGCGUUCAAGAACGUGUUCAAGAACGCGUUCAAGAACGCGUUCAAGAACGUGUUCAAGAACGUGUUCAAGAACGUGUUCAAGAACGUGUUCAAGAACGCGUUCAAGAACGUGUUCAAGAACGCGUUCAAGAACGCGUUCAAGAACGUGUUCAAGAACGUGUUCAAGAACGCGUUCAAGAACGCGUUCAAGAACGCGUUCAAGAACGUGUUCAAGAACGUGUUCAAGAACGUGUUCAAGAACGUGUUCAAGAACGUGUUCAAGAACGUGUUCAAGAACGUGUUAAAGAACGUGUUAAAGAACGUGUUAAAGAACGUGUUCAAGAACGUGUUCAAGAACGUGUUCAAGAACGUGUUCAAGAACGCGUUAAAGAACGCGUUCAAGAACGUGUUCAAGAACGUGUUAAAGAACGUGUUCAAGAACAUGUUCAAGAACAUGUUAAAGUUCAGUUCAGAUAAAGUUUCAGUUUGA